GCGUGUCACUCAGCCGCUUUGCAUAUGUGCCCCCCACCCUCGCGGCCGCAGCCCAUAUACCCGCUUCCCCGCGCCGCAAAUCGCAGCAGCCGGCGAGCGGCCGCCUCCUGCAGCAGCAGCGCCAGCGCCUCCACCUCCGCCUCCCACUCCGCGCAAGCGCUCGCCCGGCCCGAGUGCGGCUGCCUGCGGGUCUCCAGUCCCCAGCCCGGGCUACAGUGGGGCGGCACCGCAGCCCCCAGCACUAGACGGGAGGAAGGAGCGAGCUGGAGGCUGCCGGCCGCCGGGGAAGGGGCGGGACAGGCUCCCGCAGCCUCUCGCCUGCCCUGAGCGGCGGCCGUGAGGCAGGAGGGAGCCCGGCGCCGCGGCUGUUGGGAAGAAGCAUAUUAUUUCUGAUUUGAAAUACUGGGGAGGUGUUCAGAUGCUACAUUGAAGGAGAUCAUAUAGGCACGUGGGUACAUAGGUGUGGCAGAAAAUGUCAGUCAGCAUGCAUGAGAAUCGCAAGUCUAGAGCCAGCACUGGCUCUAUAAACAUAUACUUAUUCCACAAAUCAUCAUAUGCUGAUAGCGUCCUUACUCACCUGAACCUUCUACGCCAACAACGGCUUUUUACAGAUGUACUUCUCCAUGCUGGGAACAGGUCAUUCCCUUGCCAUAGAGCUGUCCUAGCUGCAUGUAGUCGCUACUUUGAAGCAAUGUUCAGUGGUGGACUUAAAGAGAGCCAGGCUAGUGAAGUCAAUUUUCAUAAUUCUAUUCAUCCAGAAGUCUUAGAACUUCUGCUGGACUAUGCGUACUCCUCCAGGGUUAUCAUCAAUGAAGAGAAUGCAGAGUCCCUGCUAGAGGCCGGAGACAUGUUAGAAUUCCAGGAUAUCAGAGAUGCUUGCGCAGAGUUUCUGGAGAAGAACCUUCAUCCCACCAACUGCCUUGGUAUGCUGCUGCUGUCAGAUGCUCACCAGUGCACCAAGCUUUAUGAACUCUCUUGGACGAUGUGUCUUAGCAACUUCCAGACUAUCAGUAAAAGUGAAGAUUUUCUCCAGCUGCCAAAAGACAUGGUUGUGCAGCUCCUUUCCAGUGAAGAACUAGAAACUGAAGAUGAAAGAUUAGUAUAUGAGUCAGCUAUUAACUGGGUUAACUAUGAUCUGAAUAAGCGCCACUGUUAUCUCCCUGAACUAUUGCAAACUGUGAGACUGGCUCUCUUGCCAGCCAUCUACCUUAUGGAGAAUGUAGCCAUGGAAGAACUUAUCACUAAGCAAAGGAAAAGCAAAGAUAUAGUAGAAGAAGCAAUAAGAUGCAAGCUAAAGAUCUUACAGAAUGAUGGUGUGGUCACCAGUUUGUGUGCCAGACCUCGUAAAACUGGCCAUGCACUGUUUCUUCUGGGGGGGCAAACCUUCAUGUGUGACAAGCUGUAUCUGGUGGACCAAAAGGCAAAAGAGAUCAUUCCAAAGGCUGACAUCCCAAGUCCACGGAAAGAGUUCAGCGCUUGUGCUAUUGGCUGCAAAGUGUAUAUCACUGGAGGCCGGGGAUCAGAAAACGGAGUCUCCAAAGAUGUUUGGGUGUAUGACACUCUUCAUGAGGAGUGGUCAAAGGCUGCCCCCAUGCUGGUAGCUAGGUUUGGGCAUGGUUCUGCUGAACUCAAACACUGUUUGUAUGUAGUAGGAGGACACACUGCAGCAACUGGUUGCCUUCCAGCUUCCCCUUCAGUAUCCUUAAAGCAAGUAGAACAGUAUGACCCUGUGACCAACAAAUGGACAAUGGUUGCACCACUUCGAGAAGGAGUAAGCAAUGCAGCUGUAGUUAGUGCAAAGCUUAAGCUGUUUGCUUUUGGUGGCACCAGUGUUAGCCAUGACAAGCUGCCCAAAGUUCAAUGUUAUGAUCAAUGUGAAAACAGAUGGACAGUACCAGCCACCUGCCCCCAGCCCUGGCGCUACACAGCUGCAGCUGUUUUGGGUAACCAGAUUUUUAUUAUGGGUGGAGAUACUGAAUUCUCAGCAUGCUCAGCUUAUAAAUUCAACAGUGAAACAUACCAGUGGACUAAGGUGGGAGAUGUGACAGCUAAGCGAAUGAGCUGCCAUGCAGUAGCAUCUGGAAACAAACUCUAUGUAGUUGGAGGCUAUUUUGGGAUUCAAAGAUGCAAAACAUUGGACUGCUAUGAUCCCACAUUAGAUGUAUGGAACAGCAUAACCACAGUGCCCUAUUCACUAAUUCCCACAGCAUUUGUCAGCACAUGGAAACAUCUCCCCUCGUAACUGUGUGUAUGUUAUGAUUGCAGCUUGUCAGUUUGCUCUGUUAUUUGGAGAAGAGACUUGGAAUCUCAGCUAUGGAGAAAUGGUUUUAAUGAAGAAAAAUCGUUCAGAGUCUUUGAGUUUGAAGAAAAAUAUCUGCACCUUGUAAAUUAUCUAACCUGGACAUGAAGGAAUGGGAGGAAAAAAACUGUCUUUGGUGCAUCAGCACAUGGUUUAAAUAUGAAAGAAUGAACCUAUGGUCUGAUUCCUUGUACUAGUAAUUGUGGAUUAAUGUCAGUGUUAAUCAGACCUUCAAAGGGAGGAGAUGGGGAAAAGGACAAACAUAAAAGCAGUACAGAACUUUCCAUAGUUGUGCAACCUACAACUCUAGAUUUUCAUGGACUCCAUUGUGUGUGCGUGAAAUUUGAAAUGGUUGUCACCUCUUGCUGUGACAGUUUGAAGUGUCAGCACCAGCUGCCGGGGAAGCAGGCCAGGUCUGAAACAGUGAGAUGUUGCUGUGAAUGAAGAUACAGCUGUGUCACUGCAGCGUACUUCUACAGGAAUGAACUUGUUUAUAGGCAGUGUCUGAAGAAUCCAUUAGAUUAUCACGUUAUGAUGUCCUAUCUGCAGUGAGUGACCUUUCAUUGGAUAAGGAACAGCACAAUUAAAAACAUAAAUAAAAGGUUUUUGCAAUAGUGGGGAACUAAAAAGAACUCAUUUUCCCCAAAUGUUUGAUUUCCCUUCCGCCCUGUAUUUAUAGGAGACAUAAACUGUCCCAUUCCUGUUAUGUUACUUGUAGAUGUAGCUAUUUAUUGUUCAGUGCUUGCAUGCUGAAACAAUGCCUGCAGUUGUCUUCAUGUUGUAAGGAUUUGUGUGAUUUGUUGUUUGUUUUGCACAUUUUGUGGUCUCUGACUCGCUCUGCUGCACACAAAAAAGAAAACUGUUGAGUAAUAGUUGGAGGUGGGAGGGAGUUAGGGGAUGGCUUCCCCAGUCGGAAAUGGAAGGAUUACAAGGCAGGAUCUUAAAUUACCCACAUACUAAAGGAAGAAGCCAUGGAGGUCACUUUCUCAGGCCACCAACUCCCCAGGUUAGAUGUGGUGUAUCCUGUAGAUAGUGUCCCUGCUCCAUUUCAUUGGCCUGCUCAUGCCUUUGAAUUUCUAAUCUGGAACUAGCCAAAACCAUUUACAGCUUUCUCUUUGUGCAGCCUCUCAGUUACCUAGAAGAUGCUGUGGGAUGGUUUCUGUGCACAGAGCCCCGAGAAAGGCAUUGGCCAAAAAGUUAUUUAUUUAUUUAUUUAUGAGUUUAGACUAUGGGACAUUUACCACAACCACAUUUACCUGAUUGAAUGGAGUCUGGCUGACUCACAAAAACAAUAUAGAUUAGUAGUGAACUAGUUAAAAAACAAAACAAAAAACCAACAACUUGCACUUGCAGGAUUGGCUCCUCUGUCUGCGUAGAAGUGGGAUGAAUGAGUGCCAUGGUUUCAAAGAGCCAAAAGGCAUGGCCCAGUUGUUACAAUGAAGCAUGAAAAAUUGCAGAACUAGAACUUAAAAAUAAUCCUCAAGCUCUGCUGCAUCUUUUAUUUUCACACAGCCAGAUGAGUCUUCAGACAUUUUGGUACUGAGAAAUGUCAGAUAUGAUCAUGAUAAACCAAAGGAUUAAAAAACCCGCCCAUUUUAUUUGCUCAGUCUAGUUUUGAGUCGGGUAUGAACCCACUCUUUUCUUCAUUUCUUUACUUCUGUUUCACAGGUGCUUACUUUGCCAGAUUUCAUUGUGAAGCACGUGUUGUGUUUUUCAUAAGUCUGUUGAGCCCAACUUAAUAAUGAUGUGGUGAACAACAUGGUUGUAGUAUUCUGCUGUGGUGUAAGUAAAAGAUUCUUAGUUGCAUGCAUGCAAAAACUAAAGUAAUUAUGUUGAUGUUUGCAUUUCUCUCUCUGAUAGUGAAGUCACUGUGCUCUUUAAGCUUACCAUCUGAAAACCUUUACACUGAUCACCAUUACAUUUUUCUUACAAGGGAGGAAUUUUCUCACAAGGGAGGAAUUUUUCAAGGCUGACCCCUGGUUUGACAUGAACAGGACUCCACAACUAUAUACUAAACUAGUUACAGUUAUAGUUCCACUAGGUUAGGUUGAGCUGUUGAAAUAAAAACAGAAAUUUAAAAAUCAAUCCCCUUCUUCUAAACAAUAGACAUGCUUCUUAGGUAGAGCACCUUCCUAUAAGCCCAAGUUGCCCCAGUAAAGUAAAUGGGCUGAAUUCUAUACUGCCUUGUAUGUGGGGUAGUCAUUCACACCUGUGCAAUGUGGGUAUAAAAUGCUCCCAAAUCCAAAUAGUCACGUUUUACAUAUCUUCGCACAGGUGUAUGUGGUUACCCAAGUUACAAGGAAGUGAAGUGUUGGGUCCAAUGGGACUACUCAUUUGACUAAAGGUAUAUCUGAUCAAGCCCUGUUUUCUUCAUUGAACGAAGGGAUAUAGUUCUGUCUUGAAGCUGCACCGUACAUUGCUAUUUAGCAUCUGACAUAAAUCUGUUUUAUAAUACCAUGUAACUUCCGAAAGUGGGAUGAAUUUCUGCAGCUGUUUUCAAAGUUGUGGUGUGCUUUCAGCUGCUUGAUUAAUUCCUGUGUGUAGGCUGAAGGAAACUGAAGUCAGGGUGGGCCGCAGGCCCUGCAGGGAAUAUUCUGGGCUUCUGCUCUUUGAAUUGAUGUGGGAAUUCUGGCUUACUACUUGACCAUUCCAGUUGUGCAAAACAUCCCACACUUUGAAGCAAAUGCAAUUCACAGCAGAGUGCACACAAAAACCUUGGCAUAGGACGGGAAGGUUCUUAUUUUGUGGGCUGGUUGCUGUAGAAACUUAUAACAAAGGACAGCCUUCCACUUCUGGUAUAAUUGUGUAGACCCUUUUCUCUAGGCCUGACACCUGUCUAAUAAGAGUGAUUAGAGCUGAAUAAUGCCCCUUCUCUGACUAUUGAAGAUGUGGUUCACAUACUAAAAGAAAACUACAAGUGAAGAAGGAAAAUGUCUAUGUUCUGUCUCAGUUUGCUACUAUAUUUUAAGGUUUUGUAAAACUGCAUUUUUUUUUUUCACAAUGUGAAACUGAAGGUCAAUAAAUUAUUAGAGAUUUUCUCUUCAA